GUCACAUUUUAGCUGAGAAAGAUGAAAUUUCUUUACAUUUAUCUACUGGCGAUCCUUCACCUCUCCCAGGGCAAACGAAUCCUGGGUCCCCUUCAAGCUUAUGAAGCGCCUUCAAACCGUAUCAUGGGCGGCCAAGAUGCAGCAAUAGGUUCGGCUCCCUAUCAAGUCUCACUCCAGCCGAUUGUGGGCGCCCACAACUGUGGCGGAGCCAUUCUAAAUGAGCAGUGGGUAAUUACAGCAGGCCAUUGUGUGGCUAACUAUGUGCCAGCUCUGAUCAAUGUGGUGACAGGAACAAAUCGCUAUGCUGAGCCGGGAGCUGUCUACUAUACCUCUGAAAUACAUCUCCAUUGCAUGUACGAUCUACCCUAUAUGCAUAACGAUAUCGCCCUGAUUAAGCUCACCGAAAAUAUAACCUUCAAUGAGCUUACGCAACCCAUUGAUUUGCCCAGAGGGCCAGUGCGUGAAGGCGACGAUAUCCUACUUACAGGCUGGGGUGCUGAAGUUGCUUACGGUAGUUCCAAGGAGGAUCUGCAAGAGUUGUCCUUGGGCUUUGUGCCUUUGGACGAGUGCAAGGAAAUCUUUAACCAGACCAGCAACAUGGGCGUAGGCCACAUUUGUACAUUUUCGAAGGCCGGCGAAGGUGCCUGCCAUGGUGACUCUGGUGGUCCUCUAGUGAGUAAUGGCUGUCUGGUUGGUUUGGUUAAUUGGGGUCGUCCUUGCGGACAAGGUUUGCCCGAUGUGCAGGCCAGUGUCUAUUACUACUUGGAUUGGAUACGCAAUGUCAUCAGUGGCAAUAGCAAAUGUUCCACGUAAGCCACAAGAGCUGUAAACUAAUUAUUCUAGUUCUGGGUACAAUAAAAAAAAACCAAUAUUCAGAGAUUAAA